AAUCGCUAACACACUUGCAACGGGAGUCGAAUACAGCUAAUUCGCUAACUCUCCCGAAUAGACUUAACAACAACCUCUCCUCACCCCUUUUUUCUUACAAAACCAGCCACUAUAUCAUCCUGCUAUAAAACACGCCCACACUCUUAUAAUUACUCACUGCAACUCCUUUGCUCAUUUAAUUUCUUUUCUUAUCUUAAUCUCCUCCGCUUAACUCAAAUUCCACACGUACAUUCAGUACUGUACGUGCAUUCACAUAAUUCUGUACACCUAGCAGUAUUCUAUUGUAAUGGGGUACGGAAGGCUGGGCGCGACUGAGCUCAAGAGUCCAGGGGAAUUUAAUCCGAGCGCGAGCAAUUCGUCGAUUAUUGUUAACAAAAAAUCGUCGAAGCUGAGAUUCGUGUUGAUUUGUGCUGUCACGCUUAUUGUCGCGUCAGGAGUUUCGGUGGGAGUUCUUUUCGGAAUUCGAAAUAAAUCGGAUGGAGGCUCACAGGCAGAGGCAUCGCAUCAGAAGCCGAGUCAAGCGAUGUCUCGUGCCUGUAGCAAAACUCGUUACCCUGAUUUAUGCGUUAAUUCGCUUCUCGACUUUCCUGGUUCCGUCACUGCUUCCACGACCGACUUGGUCCACAUUUCGGUUAAUAUGACUCUCCAGCAUUUCGGCCGCGCGCUUUUUACUUCCACGGAGAUUAAUAAUCUCCAGAUGGAUAAGCUUACGCGCGCGGCCUAUGAUGAUUGCCUCGAGCUGCUUGAGGACUCCGUUGACCAGCUCUCGCGCUCGUUGACUUCUGUGGCGCCGCAACAGAGCCGUAACGGGCAGGCUGUGGGUAACAAUAACGACGUGCUGACGUGGCUCAGCGCGGCCAUGACGAAUCAGGACACGUGUACUGAGGGAUUUGAGGGUGUUAACACUAAAGUGAAGAACGAGAUGGUGGAUAGACUGAAGGACUUGUCCGAGUUGGUGAGCAAUGCGUUGGCGAUAUUUACCGCGACGAAAGAUGACGAUUUUAGCGGAAUUCCGAUACAAAAUCGGAGACUAUUGGACACCGAUACAGUAUCGGAGCUGGACGAGUUUCCCCAAUGGUUGUCGCCGAAAGAUAGAAGAUUGUUAGCCGCCCCUGUGUCGGCCAUACAAGCCGAUAUUGUUGUGGCCAAAGACGGUUCCGGGACAGUAAAAACCAUCGUGGAGGCCAUCAAAAAAGUACCGGAACAUAGCAACCGCCGUACCGUCAUAUACGUGAAAGCCGGAAAGUACGAAGAGGAUAAUAUUAAAGUGGGGAGGAAGAAAACAAAUGUGAUGUUCAUUGGAGAUGGGAAGGGUAAAACUGUAAUUACAGGAGGAAAAAGCGUUGGUGACAGUGUUACGACAUUCCACACCGCUUCUUUCGCGGCCACUGGUGCUGGUUUUAUUGCACGAGACAUUUCAUUCGAGAACUAUGCUGGACCAGGGAGGCAUCAGGCAGUGGCUCUUCGUAUCGGGGCAGAUCACGGGGUUGUUUACAGGUGUAGCAUCGUCGGAUACCAGGAUACCUUAUACGUGCAUUCCAAUCGACAGUUCUAUCGAGAAUGUGAUAUCUACGGAACCGUGGAUUUCAUAUUCGGAAACGCUGCUGUUGUGUUCCAGAGCUGUAAUAUCUUCGCUCGCAAGCCAAUGCCUGGUCAGAAAAACACAAUCACUGCCCAAAACCGAAAAGAUCCUAACCAGAACACCGGUAUCUCAAUCCACGCCUGCAAAAUUCUAGCCACAGGUGAUCUCGAGGCGUCCAAAGGAAGCUUUCCUACAUUUUUAGGAAGGCCUUGGAAAUUAUAUUCGCGAACAGUUUACCUAAUGUCGAACAUGGGUGAUCAUAUUCAUCCCAGGGGAUGGCUUGAGUGGAGUGGUAAUUUCGCACUUGACACAUUGUAUUAUGGCGAAUACAUGAACUCUGGUCCUGGAGGGGCUGUUGGACAACGCGUAAAGUGGCCUGGCUAUCGCGUGAUCACAUCACCGGUUGAAGCAGGGAGGUUCACGGUUGGACAAUUCAUAUUCGGAUCCUCAUGGUUACCUGCAACAGGGGUGGCUUUUGUUUCUGGUUUGACAGUCUAAAGUGUGAUUCAUUGUGGAUGCUGCUACACAAAUUGGAAGCUUAUAAAUUUAUGUUUUUCAUUUCUUUAUAUCUGUGUAUGAAAUGAAGUUGUAUUAAUUGUAAAUUUAUCGUUUUUCUGUGAAUGUUCCUGAAUGUAAUAACCAGUCCAGUCAUAUGGCUUUCUGACUUGAACAGAAAUAUACAACCAUCACUGCAA